AUGCCAAUUAACCAAUUUUUUUAUGCUGUGUCAAUAUUUAUUAUGAUUUUUGUGAAUCGAAAACCGCCAGAUUUUGCAUGCAAGAUUGAUGAUCCGACACGAAUCGAGAUGAUCAACUCAGUAGAUCCCUGUAUGAUUAAAGAUUUGAGUACAGGAAGCGUAUUAAACUGCGCUUCAGUUAAUAGCGGGACAUCCAUUGUCAGUAAUUCAACAGAUCAGUCGUACAGUAUACUUUUCGAGUAUGAAUUAUUAUGUGUCAAUCCAUUUAUACAAGAAGCCGGAUUUUCAGUUUUUUCUGCUGGUGCUCUUCUUGUGGUACCAAUAACAUCACAUCUAUCGGAUCGAUAUGGUCGUCGACUUAUUUUUUUAAUCUCGAUGUAUUCAAGUGUCAUAUUCAGUCUUAUCAUAGCAUUUUCACCUAAUUAUGCAAUCUUUGUGUUAUUAAGAUUUCUUGUAGGAGCAGCAGCCGAUACUUAUUUGACAAUUGGCUCAAUUCUUUGUUGUGAAACAGUGGCCGGAUCAUUUCGUGAAUGGAUAAGUUUAUUUGGGGUGACAUCUUGGCUGCUCGGAUAUCUGUACGUCGGAGUUCUGGAAGUGUUUAUUAAAGACUGGAGGAAACUAUACUUUGUAUCAACAAUCCCCAGUUUAUUAACUAUUAUAUAUUUUUGGUUGCUUCCCGAAUCACCACACUGGAUGAUCUCACGCAGACGGAUACAUGGCAUCCAGAAAUACAUUAAAAUGUCUUCAUGGUUCAAUAAUAUUGAAAUUGACUUGAACAAAUGUCAGUCGGAAAGUAUGCAAAAGAGACCUGUGGAGGAAUGCAAAGAAAGAACUGUGUGUGAUUUAUUUAAAUACAAACGAAUAGUGUAUUUUCUAUUUGUCAACGGUUACAUCACAAUGACUAUGAACUUCUACUAUUUUGUUGUCUCAUUUGAUAGUGUCAACCUAACCAAGCAUGCUUUCAUGGGUUAUAUCCUAUCCGGUUUAUCGGAAAUUCCGGGAGGUAUCAUUGUGAUUCCAUUGUUGCAUUUCUUCGGUCGCCGUUCUGUUGCAUGCGUGUCAUUUUUCUUGCAAGCCACCGCCGCACUUGUUACACCGUUCAUUCGAGGAAUUCAGUGGGCUCGAAUAUCAUGCAACUUAUUCGGAAGGAUGACUAACGAAAUAGUAUAUUCAACCCACCCUCUACUGGCAAAUGAAAUGAUGCCAACAACUAUUCGAACAAUCAGUUAUUCAAUAAUUAAUAUACCUCAAAGCAUUGGAAUCAUGCUUUCACCAUUACUCAAAUAUUCAGAUCUGGGUGACGGUAAAGUGCCACAGUUCAUCCUAGCCGGUUUAUCAUUUGCUGCAGCAGCACUGGCCAUUACUUUACCCGAGACCAAGGGUAAGCCAAUGCCCGAAGAUUUAAAUCAACUGGAUCCCGGACCAUUUCUAAGAUAUUUCAUUACAGAACAAAGUUCAACCAAAAAAUGA